ACAUGUACACUUCCGGUAAAUAUUCGUAAGGAAAUCGUACGUUUGUCAACAACACUUACUGUUCUUUCUUAUUUUCUUUUAUGUCAUUGGCCUUAAAUAAUUAGAGAGGUAUUCGGAAGUUGAUAUCUCCUCAUAAUGGGAUCGUCUAAGAAGCACAAAGAAAGAGAUAAGGACCACAAAAGGAAACGCCGGCACAGGUCAAGAUCUCGAUCAAGAGAAAGAAAACGACACCGUGACGAGCGUCCCGAGCAUGGACAUGAAGACAAUUACGAAGAUGAAGGGUACCGGAGGGACAUACAAACAUAUGAUUAUAAUCAUGGUUCUUCAUCAAACGUUGAAAAAUCCCAACCAGCAUCAUCUUCAGGAGGUGGGGACGCAUCUCUAAGUAUUGAAGAGACAAAUCGAAUCCGAGCCAAACUGGGACUGAAGCCACUGGAGGUGAAUUCAGGAACAUCUCGAGAUGGUGAAAAAAAGGCUGAUGAAGAUGUACACAAGCCUGCCAUUAGUAUUACACAGGAGAAACAAACGGAAAAGCUUCGUGAAAAAAUGGAGCGGAUGAAGGAAAAGAGGAGACUAAAUGAAAAACUGAGCAAUGUGAAGACAUUAGGAGAUAGUGAUUCUGAGGAUGAUAUGGUUUCCUGGGUGAGAAAAAACAGGAAAGCACAGAAGGAAAAAGAAAGGGCUGAGAAAACAGCAAAAAUGUUGGAAGAGAUGGACGAGGAAUUUGGUAUCAGUAAUCUGGUAGAUGAGGAAUUCCAUGUGAAACCUAAGAAUAAUUACACUUCCAAAGACCUGAAAGGACUGAAGGUACAACACAACACAGAGAGGUUCAAAGAAGGCAAGACGGUCAUCCUUACACUUCAGGACAAAGGUAUCUUGGAUGAAGAUGAAGACGACACCCUUGUAAAUGUCAAUAUGAUAGAUGAGGAGUUAACAGAGAAAAAUUUAGAGAAUAAAAAGAAGAAGCCAGAUUAUAAGCCAUAUGACGAAGCUGAUAAGGAUGAGUACGGAAUGUUUAAACCUGUCAAUGUUUUGGAAAAAUAUGAUGAAGAAAUUGAUGGUGAGAAAAAGAAAACAUUUACACUGGAGUCAGGAGGGAAGUACAACACGGAACAAGAUAGACAGAUGGAAAAAAUACGGGAACAGCUUCAACAACAGAGUCACAGCCUUGGACUGGGAGUAUCAUUAAAUGUGGCUAAAGAAUACUUUACAGCAGAGGAAAUGGCAGCAAAAACCACAUUUAAGAAACGAAAGAAGAAAGAUAAGAAAAUCCGGAAGAAGACGAUAUUAAAAGCAGAUGACCUUGAACCACUGGAAGAUGAUGCUAAUGAUGUUGGUUCAAGGUCUCGUGGAAGGGGUCGUCAUGAAGAUCCAGAGGACGUGGAAGUGAAAACUGAAUCAUCAUGGUAUGACACUUCUCAACAAGUGGAUGGCUUUAAUAAUCCAGAGGCUGCCCUAACAAGGGCUCCAGUAGUUAUUGACUAUGGCCAUCAACAUAUCAUUCCAGGGCUGGAUAUUCCUGUUGUGAAGCAAGAAACCACAGAGACCUUUCCUUCCAGAAUGCAGGACGAGGAUGAUUUACAUGAGCCUGCUGAAGACCUGUCUAGCAUACCUUUUGUGGAGGACGAAGCAGAGAAUGAGUUACAGAGUGCUUUAUCAAAGGCACGACGAAUCAAAAGGACAAAGGAAAAGUCUAAAAUACAGAAGGUAGCGGCCCAGAUUGCCAAAGAGCGUGUUAUGAAGACAGAACAAGAGAUGGAUGAAGACAAAGAAGAAAGUAACAUUGUACUCAACUCGACAUCUGAGUUCUGUCGGACGCUGGGUGAUAUCCCUACCUAUGGUCAGUCAGGAAACCGUGACGAAGAGAAAGAGGAACUUAUGGACUUUGAGCGAGAGCUAAUGGAAGAUAGGAGGCGCCAAGAGGAGGAAGAAGCAACUGGCUGGAACAGAGUGGAGAUUGAUGAAACACCUGUGGAUAUUCAGGGGGAGGAAAAGGCCGUGCUGGAUGAUGAACCUGUGGUAAACCAGGGUGUAGGAGCUGCCUUGGAGCUAGCAAUGAAGAAAGGCUACCUACAGAAGGAGGUGGUCAAGCAGAACACAUCAUCCAAACGCGAGGAGCUUGAGGCUCAAAACUACUCCAUAGAGGACAAACGCUAUGAUGACAUUGAUGACAAGUACAGGAAGCGUGGUGAUCGGUACGGAGGCAGUGGUAUGUUGACAGACUUUAAGGAAAAGGACCUGUACAGACCUGAUGUCAAGUUAGAAUAUGUUGAUAAUGAUGGACGUAAAUUGAAUGCGAAGGAGGCUUUCCGACAACUGUCUCACAGAUUCCAUGGCAAAGGUUCCGGCAAGAAAAAACAGGAAAAGAGACAGAAGAAACUUGAGGAAGAGCAGUUGAUGAAAACUAUGAGCUCCACUGACACGCCACUCGGUACACUUAAUCUACUCAAGGAGAAACAGAAAUCGGAGAAGUCGUCAUAUGUAGUCCUCACAGGAAACAAGGGAUUCACAUCAAAUUCCAUUGUGAAAACUUAGGAACAUAUUCCUAUCAUCUCUCAACUUGGAUUCAGACUGUACGAAUGUUUUCGAGUAGAGAGAUGAUCAGUGUCAUGGCUCCAUACACAAGUCUGUGGGUAAAUGAUACUAAUACAGACCUGUGUAAUACGUACUGUAAGGAACUGUCGAGAGGAGAAUCCUGGCUUUCCAUUGUGCCCUGGUAGUAAAAAUUGUUCCUUCUUACCUUGGAUCCAAAUACCAGAGGACUAGGGAUAGAGUGUUCUUCUUCCAUGUGAGUUCACAGCUGGGAGGAGAAUAACUUUGGUUGCUGAUGAUGAAGCUGGGAAUGGUAUCACUUCCUCUGAGGCUGUUAAGAGAUUCAUACAGGAAACUGGACAUGGAAAUGGAUUGAUCGCAUUAUAAAAUUGUGACUUAACACUGACAUUGUUAAGAUGUAUGAGCAAGGCCUGGUCCUCGGAUUAUAGACGAGGUCUCCGAGGCCCAUCUUUAGGCGAGGUCUCUGAGGCCCAUCUUUAGGCGAGGUCUCUGAGGCCCAUCUUUAGGCGAGGUCUCUGAGGCCCAUCUUUAGGCGAGGUCUCUGAGGCCCAUCUUUAGGCGAGGUUUCUGAGGCCCAUCUUUAGGCGAGGUUUCUGAGGCCCAUCUUUAGGCGAGGUCUCUUAGGCCCAUCUUUAGGCGAGGUCUCUGAGGCCCAUCUUUAGGCGAGGUUUCUGAGGCCCAUUUUUAGGCGAGGUUUCUGAGGCCCAUCUUUAGGCGAGGUUUCAGAGGCCCAUUUUUAGGCGAGGUUUCUUAGGCCCAUCUUUAGGCGAGGUUUCUGAGGCCCAUUUUUAGGCGAGGUUUCUUAGGCCCAUCUUUAGGCGAGGUUUCUGAGGCCCAUCUUUAGGCGAGGUUUCAGAGGCCCAUUUUUAGGCGAGGUUUCUGAGGCCCAUCUUUAGGCGAGGUUUCUGAGGCCCAUUUUUAGGCGAGGUUUCUUAGGCCCAUCUUUAGGCGAGGUUUCAGAGGCCCAUCUUUAGGCGAGGUUUCAGAGGCCCAUUUUUAGGCGAGGUUUCUGAGGCCCAUCUUUAGGCGAGGUUUCUGAGGCCCAUUUUUAGGCGAGGUUUCUUAGGCCCAUCUUUAGGCGAGGUUUCAGAGGCCCAUUUUUAGGCGAGGUUUCUGAGGCCCAUCUUUAGGCAAGGUUUCUGAGGCCCAUCUUUAGGCGAGGUUUCUGAUGCCCAUCUUUAGGCGAGGUUUCUGAGGCCCAUCUUUAGGCGAGGUUUCUGAUGCCCAUCUUUAGGCGAGGUUUCUGAGGCCCAUAUUUAGGAGAUAUUUAAACAUAAUUAAUUGUUUUGAAGAAUUCAUUAAUUUGAUUUUACAACAUGUAGGUGCGCAAUGAUUUAAGGGUACCUAAUUAUCUAAAGGUAAUAAUGAUGUUCUGUUGGUCAUGUCUCGGAUGAGUCACAAUUUGAACAGUGUAUUACAUCUCAUACCUGACAUUAUCAUUCAUCUCUCAUGACAAAACAAUGUCAGUUUUAUUGUAAUACUGAAACAUGACAUCAGGAUAACUGUGAGAUAUGUGACGUGAUAUAUAGGACCAAUUGGACUUGAUCUGAGUGAUACAUGUUAGAUACUAUAUACAUUGUAUAUAUCCAGCAUACAACCAUUACAGGGUUAUCAGGAUCGUUUCGUCUUGUUCGUAGUUUAUGAAACAUCUUCAUUUCAAUAAAAUCAUAUUAGUGUCUCAAG